AUUGAUACCAGUCCUAGCUGUGGAUUGGUAAAAACACACUUUGGUUUUAUUAACUGCCUAACAAUGAAUGGGAGGUCAUGCAGUAUGAGCCACCGGACAACAGGUAUUCCUUGCGGACCUGGGACGAUCAGUGGACAGCAGAUCUCGCCGGUGAGAGUUCAUGCAGGAGCGCCCUGCCCAUCUUCACAUAGCGGUGCCCUAAGCCCGGCUAUUGGAAACUUGUCUGCCAGCCAACACUUAAAGAUGCCCCUUGGAGGAGGGGUAGCUCCUCAGAGCAACGUCACUGACAGCACUAUUCACCUUCCUGCGCUAAGUCCCAGGAGACAGGUGGUCACAAACGGGAAGCCUUUCUUCCAAGUCCCACAGCCCCCAGGACUGCCAGCCCCACAAUCUUUAAAGCCAAAACAGCAAGAGUUUGGAAAUACUUUCUCCCCAUGCACAGGUAAAGCAGGGCUUGGUUAUGGACCCCAGUACAAGUCCAUUGGAAAAGGCAGCUGCAACAAUCUAGUAGUCACCAGCAGUCCCAUGACAGUUCAACGGCUGGGACCUAUUUCUCCUUCUGCUAAUCAGGUCUCAACAGCAUGCAACCAGAUCAGUCCUAGCUUACAGAGGUCGGUGGAUGCUUCCAACCUGGGUGUACCUCCAUCUGAUGCAAGGUCCCUCGUGUCACGUGAGCCGCUGUUCUCUGCAGCAUUAAGCCUUUUGGAAAGUCAGUCAGCUCUGAGCGUUAAGCAAGAGUGGUCGCAUGGCUACAGAAUACUUCCUUCUCUUCCACCCAACCAAGGUUCGCAAAAUGGCAGUGAGCUGGGGGACAUACUAAAUUUUCCACCUGGAACAUCUGUGUCCAGUAGCACUGUAUCUAUUUCUUUACCAUCCUACUUGUUUGGUAUGGAAAAUAGCCAUUCCCCUUACCCUAGUCCUCGCCACUCCUCAGCCCGAUCUCAACCCGCUUGCUCCAAAAAGAGAGCGCUCUCUCUCUCUCCUCUGUCCGAUGGCAUCGGGAUUGACUUCAAUACAAUCAUCCGCACGUCCCCAACCUCUCUGGUUGCCUACAUCAACGGCUGUAGGACGUCACCAGCUAACAUCUCCCCGCAGCCUGAGGUCUAUGGACAUUUUCUGGGCGUGAGAGGAAGCUGUAUUCCCCAAACUUGCUCUGUUCCGAGCACCCAGAAAGGUCUUCUCAUGGCUAACGGCAACAUCACCCUUCCAGGUGGCAAGCACUGCUGUCGGUGGAUUGAGUGCAGCGCUCUGUACGACCAGCAAGAGGACCUUGUGCGGCACAUAGAAAAGAUCCACAUAGACCAGAGGAAGGGAGAGGACUUCACGUGUUUCUGGGCAGGGUGCCCACGGAGGUACAAGCCAUUUAAUGCCCGUUACAAGUUGCUGAUUCACAUGAGAGUCCACUCAGGAGAGAAGCCAAACAAAUGCACAUUUGAGGGCUGCAAGAAGGCCUUUUCCAGACUGGAAAAUCUCAAGAUUCAUUUGAGGAGCCACACGGGCGAAAAGCCGUACCUCUGCCAGCACCCCGGCUGCCAGAAGGCCUUCAGCAACUCCAGCGAUCGCGCAAAGCACCAGCGGACCCACCUGGACACGAAACCUUAUGCAUGUCAGAUUCCAGGAUGUGCUAAACGAUACACGGAUCCAAGUUCUCUGAGAAAGCAUGUGAAAGCACAUUCUUCCAAAGACCAACAAGCCAGGAAAAAGUUGCGAUCGAGCUCAGAACUUGACCAGGACAUCCUGAACGACUGCCUUGCGAUCCAGCCUCUCCAGCCAGCCCCUUCACCACACAACGCUGCAGAUACUGUCGGACCAUCCCCAGGGCCGCCUCAUGAUAUCUACCCAGCAGCUGUGUUCCCCAGCACCCAGACCAGCCGAAGUGCUGCAGUGGCAGGGGUCGUGUCCUUGCCCCAGACCAUCAGCCUCCCCUCCCCAGGAUGUAACGUGCAGGGCAGUCCUCACCAUCCUCCCCACCAGCUACCUCUUCUCUCAGCUGUGGACUCUGAGAGGUUUGUUGCUCCAGUGCCUUCUCCUCACCACAUGAGCCCCCAGAGAGUUUCCAUUCCUCCUCCCGUGAUGCAGAGGCGGACCCCGCAGCCUCCUCACCUUCAGCAGCCUGCGGGAAUGCAUCUGAAGACAUACCCAUCAGCAGCAAACCCUCCUUUUCAACCUAAUAGCUUCCACAUCCAAGGGUAUUAUGGACAGCUUCAGACUUUCUGCCCUCCGCAUUAUGCUGACACUCAGAAGAACAUACAGCAUGGAGUACCUUGUAAUAUGGUUCCUCCUUUUGAAGACUGCGUAGCUCCCACUUCGGUGGGCCAGGCUGGGUCUGGUGUCUUCCAUCGAACCUUUUCAGCUCAUUCUGGUAUUACAGUUUAUGAUUUUCCACCGGGGCCCACAGGUAUCUUUGGUGAUUCAACCUACGGCAUGCCUGAGGACAGCAGUUUCUUACAGAUCAGUGCAGUGGAUCGUUGUCCCAGCCAACUUUCUUCUGUCUACACCGAAGGCUAAUUCAUUCCAACUUGCAUUACAAGAACUUGAUUCCAUAUCAACUUGCCCUUCUGAUAUUUCACUACCAAUCUUUCUCUCCGUAAAACUGCCAUGUAUGUAUGGGGAUAUGGGUGAAUAUACAUACGUCCUGGAGAGCAAAACAUGCAAUCAGUGGGCAUUCUUUAUAUACUCAAGAAAUCAGCUAAGGAGAAGAACACUGGUAAAAAGAAAAGUUUGCCAAAAUGUUAGCAAUUGUUUCUGUUCUUCUGAACUACUGCACAGCAAAUCUUGUUGUUGUUUCUUUUCCGUUUCUUAAAGGGAAUUCAAAGAUUGAAUAAGAAAACCGCUUUUGGCUGUAAUCCUUUCAAGCUAAUUGAUGGAAUCAUUGACGAAUACAGCUUUAGAAAAUCUCUUUUAAAAAAAAAAAAAAGAAAGAAAGAAAGAAAAGAAAGAAGUAAAACUGGGGCAUACUACCAACGUUUCAAAGGCGCACGGCUUUUUGCACAACCAGUUUGCAUGUGGUGCUUCCAAAGUUAAACACACAGCAGCAUGAAAAAGGGAAAGCAAUUAGAUAUACGUCCUGGCACUACACAUUGGAGGUAUUGUUGUGGCUUCUUUUUAGAGCAAAAAAUCACUCGUACUGAUUUCUUAUAGUCUUUCCCUCUGUAUUUUACGCCAUAUGCAAUGGCCACUACAGUUUUUCCAAUAUUCCUUCUGAUCCAAUACUUUAUGCAAUGAAUUGGAAGGAUUUAAAUGCACUAAAUAAGAAGGUACUUGGACUUCCUCUAUAUUUAGCAUUGCUGCUAGAUAAAUAUGUUUUAACUUUCUGUUAUUUUUUAACUAGAUGAUUGUAGAAUUUUAUUGCUAUAUCUGCUGUAGAAAAUUUUAAAAUACUCUGCAGAAAGAUUUAUUUCCUUAAAAUCCAUAGCUUUCUUUUAAAAGCAACCUGUACUGAUUCAACUAAACUUUUGCUGACCUUAAUACUUUCAUUUCCAAAGCAUAUUUCCAUUAAGAACAAUUACCCUUAAGUUUGCUGAUGUUGCCUAUGGUAAUUUAGAGGUGUAAAACCAAACUAUUUUGGGGAUUUAUUUACUCAGUCUCAGGCUCUGGUCCUCGAGUCUAUUCCAAGGUGGAAGGAAAUGAGGUUGCCCAUAUUCAAAGCCACAGAGAUAUGAGUUAAAAACAGUAUUUUGCAGUGGACAUGUCGUCACUGUGAUCCCGUAUAGCUGGGAAGCAACUCUUACCUUAUUUAAGAUUACCUUUUUAGGUUUUUUAUCCACUUGGGAGACUUAUUACUGUAUGAUGUGUAUAUUAAUACUCAUGACCAGACUGAAUAUGAAGGACAAAGAUCCAAAGAUUCUUAUUUGCAGUUUAGACCAUAACUAUGCUACAGAAAUCACUAGUCUAGAAAGGUGAAUUUAAAAAAAUGCUUAUACCAACAUUUGCUUAUGCUGGGGAGCUUUUGUGAUUUAUUGAAUGCAAUAUGGGCCAAAUUCCUAAUUUGCCAUUUUUUUUGCAUAGAUAAAUAUGUGUCCAGAUGUUUAGAGACACUGGUAAUCCUCUGAGGGUUGUAGUCAUGAAUUGUGUUCUUAUAUACAAGCAUAUGUGCAUAUAUGUUUAAUGAAGAGAUUUUUAAUCCAAUCAAUGCAAAGUAUAUGUUAAUAAUUCAUGUACCUAAAUCAUGUACAGGAAGCAGUAAUGGUAUGGCUUAAAUACAGGAGAUGUUGUACAAAAUCCUUCCCCCUUUUAUUCUGUUUCUCAUAUCAUGAGGGAAUGUCUCCCUCAGCUUCAGCUCACGUUAAUAAGUCUGGUUGUUACCAUAUGUGGUUUGCACGGGGGUAAAUGACAUUCAACUGUCAUGCACUCAGUAAUGUUACAUACACAGCAAAAAUGACAAUCCAUUUACUUUAGAUCUGGCCUGUUACAUUAACAGUGAGUUUUAGCUUUUUAAUAAAGCUGUAAUUUUGUGCUGUCUUAAGCCCAUUCUAUGAUUACUGCGCAAACUUAACUUUGUUCAGCAGGCGUUAUUAGAAAUGCUUAAAAUUUUUAAUUUCAGAUGUGUAGGGCUAUGUUUUGUUCCACAGAAGUCAGUAAGAGCAGAAUCAAGCCCAACAUGUACAUUUUUAUGUAUAUGUACUUCACACACACACACACACACACACACACACACGCAUAUGCAUACAUAUAUAUUAUAAAAUAAUUACAUUCUCCUAACUGCAGCUCAGUGAUGAUUAUCCAGAAUUUGUCAGUUGCUGCCUGUGAAGUUGAAAUACAGCUGCUGAAUUCAGAUCUGUACCACCCCAACCUUUGAAUCCUCUGAAAUGUUUCUUCUAAUAUGUGAAUGUACAAGCUACCUAGUAGAGAGGGGCUUAUAAGUCAUGAAAGAUCCUGAUCACAGGGAGAGAGGACAGAAGAUAGAUAGAAUUCAAAAAGCGUAUUCAUAACUUUUGGUUUCAUCAGUUGCAUUUGAAAAAGAGAAGUUUUGCAACUGAUUCAUUCAUUCAUGUAUGUGUAUAUAUAUAUGUAUAUAUGUAUGCAUAAUUAUAUAUAUAAAAUACAUGAAAUGAUAUAUUUACAGUUCAUAGCUUUACAAUGAGACUUAUUUUAAAAAGAGUGAGCUAGAGUCGUCACGUUAAGCACAUGAGAGUGGAUACCAGACUGUGAAAAGGUACACUUUUGUUUACUUCCACAUCAGAGAGAAAGUGGAUUCUUCAUGAUUAUUUCAUUAUUGUUUUUAUGGUCAGACUGACUUGGGGGAUAAGCUUACAUCAUUUAUAUACAAAAAAAAAAAAAUUUAUCUGACGUAUUUUGGGUAUUUAGAUAGGGAAUAGUGUUUGCCACAUGUUACAGGGAAAGAAGGUGCUUGUGAAAAUACAAACCAUAAUGCCAGUUACUGAAUUAUAUGCAAAUGCAUGUGCCUCAGUGAUUUUUGUGUUAUUGUUCUAGAUGCUGGAUAAUGUUAACUUUCUAAGGGGAUUCCUAUCUAAGAGAUGAAGUUAUUUUAGACUACGGACAUUAAACAAUAUUCUAAUGAACUUAUUUACAAUCAAUCAUUCUUUUAUACAGUUCUCUGUUUUCAGACUCAGAUAGUGUAUUUGCAUCUGCAUUAGGAAUGGGUCUACACUGGAGUUUAAAACACAGCUUUAAAUAGCGCAUAUGUGCAAGUGAGAGUGUGUAUGUGUGGCGCUUUCUCUCUCUCUCUCUGUGUACCUAUAUAGAUAUAUGUGUGUAUAUACAUGUGUAUAUGUGUAUGUGUAUAUAUCUAUAUAUGUACACACACAUAUAUAUGGGCACUAUGGUUUACUCAUAAUGAUUGUUAAAGUAUUGCAGUGCUAAGGCCACCUGUCACAUUGUAUUGUAUUUUCAACUUUCCUUGAAAAGGUGUGAAUGAUUAUGAAAACUACAUUUUAAUUGUUUAUUCCCAGUUUUCCCUGUGGAAUUUUAUGU